UGGAUACCCUAAUACAGGGGAAAGCAACUGGCGAGAGCAAAAGGGGGAUAAACAUUUUGAAAAUUUGAAGCUUUCAGAAACUAAAAUAAAGAAAAUUAAAGCAUGGCAUGUCACCCGUUAAAGCACAAAAGCUGAAGAAGACACAUUACAACACGAAAAGAAGCCACCAAAAAGAAAUAGAGAUCAUAUAGAAAUGGCUGGAGUUACAUAAUUAAACAACUCCACAAUUAUGCACUAGUUUCUACUACUGCUACUAGUACAAUAUGUAUCGAUUUAGCAACACGGUUAUCGGUUUCUUGAAUCUUUUCACACUCCUAGCUUCGAUUCCGAUCAUCGGUGGAGGCCUAUGGAUGGCGAAGAGUAGCACAACCUGUGAAGGCUUCCUUCAAACUCCGCUUCUAGUUGUGGGUUUCAUUGUUCUUGUAAUUUCUCUAGCAGGUUUCAUUGGUGCAUGUUUCCAUGUUGCAUGGGCGCUUUGGGUUUAUUUAGUGGUGAUGCUGUUUCUUAUCGCCACCUUGAUGGGUUUGACCAUUUUUGGAUUUGUGGUCACCAGCCAAGGCGGCGGAGUUCAAGUUCCCGGUAGGGUUUACAAAGAGUAUCAUCUUCAAGAUUAUUCUCCAUGGUUGAGAAACAGAAUCAAAGAUCCUGAUUAUUGGAGAACUAUUAGAAGCUGCAUAUUGGGUUCAAAAACUUGCGCCAAAAUUGCCGUUUGGACCCCUCUUGAUUAUCUUGAGCGAGACAUGUCUCCUAUACAGUCUGGUUGUUGCAAGCCGCCAACUUCGUGUACAUAUAACACGGCAACAAUGGUGGCACAAGAUCCGGAUUGUUACCGGUGGAACAAUGCUCCGACGAUGCUGUGCUACGAGUGUGACUCAUGUAAAGCUGGAGUGCUUGAAGAUGUGAGAAGGGAUUGGCGAAAGCUCUCAGUUCUUAACAUUGUGGUGCUAGUAUUUCUCAUUGGGAUUUACUCAAUCGGAUGUUGUGCUUUUCAAAAUACAAGAAGGGCAGAAACGGAGUACCCGUAUGGAGAAAACCGGAUGACCAAAGUCCGACCCAGAUGGGACUACUAUUGGUGGAGGUGGUGGAGGGACAAAAGAGAAGCACUUUAUUAAGAAAAAGCGGUGAAGGGGAAAUGUGGAAGAUGAGAGUUUCUGAAAGAAUGCAGUGAUUUGGCGAUCUAAAGAUGGGACAGAUGAGAUGGUAGAUUUUACACAAGAUAUGAGAGGAUUGGAAUUGGAGGUUGCUGCUUUUUCCCUAACUCUUAAAAUAUUGAUGGGUUCGGCUUUUGUAUACAAAACAUGGACUUUACUUUAUUUCCUAGGUGUCACGUUAUCUUUCUUCUUCCA